CCCUCGCGGCGAACUUCCGCGGGUUUCAGUUCCCGGCGGCCCUCGCGGCAGGUUCGUUCCGGACGUCUGGACUGUUCGUGAUGGCGGGGGUUGGUUCCGCCGCCGUGUCCGGGGCAGGGACGCCGGUGGCGGGGCCUACAGGCCGCGAUCUCUUCGCGGAGGGGCUCCUUGAGUUCUUGCGGCCGGCGGUGCAGCAGCUCGACUCCCACGUCCACGCCGUCAGGGAGAGCCAGGUAGAGCUCCGAGAACAGAUUGACAACCUCGCUACAGAACUGUGCCGAAUCAAUGAGGAUCAGAAGGUGGCCCUGGAUCUGGACCCCUAUGUUAAGAAACUGCUUAAUGCCAGACGACGAGUUGUGUUGGUCAACAACAUUCUGCAGAAUGCCCAGGAACGGCUUCGGAGGCUAAACCAUAGUGUUGCCAAGGAAACAGCCCGCAGGAGGGCAAUGCUGGACUCUGGAGUCUAUCCCCCUGGCUCCCCAAGCAAGUAACGCACAGAAGACGGGCCUGGGACCUGAGUAGCACAGGUAGCGUCCCCAGCUUGUCUCCAGAUUUGAGAAGAUUCCAGAAGCAAUCCCUGUAGACCUUGGACCGCUGAAAAGGCACCCCUGGGGGUUUGAAGCACUCACUCACGUAGGGCCCUGAGAAACCCAUGUACAGCCGCACUUGAGCUCCCCCUCCCUCCAAGAAUAAGCGGAGGCCUCUACCUUUUUCCAAAGACUAUGAUCCCAGGCUCACCUUUUUCAGGCCUAGGUAACCAGGGGAGCAUCCUUUGUUACAUUUAGUUUCUCAGACCUGGGCACUGGGCAGCAUGUCCCCUGUGGCUUCUCCUUCGUUUACACCAAGAAUCAGAGGACAGGCUUUGUCUGCCCUCUCGUUGAUUGCACCGGCUUGAAUACAGUAGCAGUAAAACUAGAACCAUUUAACUCAAUAAAUGUUUCAACAGUA